GCGCCACUGCAGUGAGCGCACUCGUUCGUGGCCGGGCUCCGUCCCCCGCGCUCCGCGACAGCUCGCCCGGCCCGGCCCGACCUGACCCGACCCCGCCGCCGACCUCCACCCCCGACCCUCACCCCGACCGGCGACCCCCACCCCGUCAUCAUGCGCGAAUGUAUCUCCGUCCACGUGGGGCAGGCGGGCGUCCAGAUGGGCAACGCCUGCUGGGAGCUGUACUGCCUGGAGCACGGCAUCCAGCCCGACGGCCAGAUGCCCAGCGACAAGACCAUCGGGGGAGGCGACGACUCCUUCACCACCUUCUUCUGCGAGACCGGGGCGGGCAAGCACGUGCCCCGCGCCGUCUUCGUGGACCUGGAGCCCACCGUCAUCGACGAGAUCCGCAACGGCCCCUACCGCCAGCUCUUCCACCCCGAGCAGCUCAUCACGGGCAAGGAGGACGCCGCCAAUAACUACGCCCGCGGCCACUACACCAUCGGCAAGGAGAUCAUCGACCCCGUCCUCGACCGCAUCCGCAAACUGUCGGACCAGUGCACGGGCCUGCAGGGCUUCCUGGUCUUCCACAGCUUCGGGGGCGGCACCGGCUCCGGGUUCACCUCCCUGCUGAUGGAGCGGCUCUCCGUCGACUACGGCAAGAAGUCCAAGCUGGAGUUCUCCAUCUACCCGGCCCCGCAGGUGUCCACGGCCGUGGUGGAGCCCUACAACUCCAUCCUCACCACCCACACCACCCUGGAGCACUCGGACUGCGCCUUCAUGGUGGACAACGAGGCCAUCUACGACAUCUGCCGCCGCAACCUGGACAUCGAGCGGCCCACCUACACCAACCUCAACCGCCUCAUCAGCCAGAUCGUCUCGUCCAUCACCGCCUCGCUGCGCUUCGACGGGGCGCUCAACGUGGACCUGACGGAGUUCCAGACCAACCUGGUGCCCUACCCGCGCAUCCACUUCCCCCUGGCCACCUACGCCCCGGUCAUCUCGGCCGAGAAGGCCUACCACGAGCAGCUGUCGGUGGCGGAGAUCACCAACGCCUGCUUCGAGCCGUCCAACCAGAUGGUCAAGUGCGACCCCCGCCACGGCAAAUACAUGGCCUGCUGCCUGCUCUACCGCGGCGACGUGGUGCCCAAGGACGUCAACGCCGCCAUCGCCGCCAUCAAGACCAAGCGCAGCAUCCAGUUCGUCGACUGGUGCCCGACGGGCUUCAAGGUGGGCAUCAACUACCAGCCGCCCACCGUGGUGCCCGGCGGGGACCUGGCCAAGGUCCAGCGGGCCGUCUGCAUGCUGAGCAACACCACGGCCAUCGCCGAGGCCUGGGCCCGCCUGGACCACAAGUUCGACCUGAUGUACGCCAAGCGGGCCUUCGUCCACUGGUACGUGGGGGAGGGCAUGGAGGAGGGCGAGUUCUCGGAGGCGCGGGAGGAUAUGGCGGCCCUGGAGAAGGAUUACGAGGAGGUGGGCAUCGACUCCUACGAGGACGAGGACGAGGGGGAGGAGUAGAGGCGCCCCCGGCCCCCUCCCGCCCGCGGCGCCGCCCGCGCGGGGGAAG